GGGCUCCGUGAACGGGACCGCCAAAGUGUGCUCUGCCCCCGACCUCGGCUUUCACCCCUGCUGUUACGUGUUGUCAAAGGUCCUCUCUUGGGAGGCCUUGGGUGAGAAGCCUGUGGAGAUUCCCUACACCUAGGACCCGCGCUGGGGAUGCUUGGGUAAUCUAGAUGCCAUCUAUAUAUGCCGCACUCGUCACUGGCUUCAAGCGUACAUAGAUGUUCCCUCCUUGGGCAGAUGUGGAGCUCACCUAUUCUGGCUUUCCAGACUCACAGAGACAGUCGAGCUGGUUGGCCCUUCAGCCCUCUCAGUUUACAAGUGAGACGGAUCUAGAGAGGGGCAAUGACCUUCCUAAGAUCAUAGAGCUGGUGAAUUGUGGGCUUGUCCUCAGACAGUGCUCCUAACUCCAUUUCACAUUACAGCUUCAUUCCCCCUCUAUCAGGGAGGUUGCUCUGAUGUAUUUCCUCCCUUAAGACCUAUGGAAAUGAGUUAUUUUUCUCCCAGGCCUUUGGGCUCUGUUAUCAAGUUCACUUUCUUCCCCAGGGUAUAUUACAAACUUUUGGAUGUUGGUCUGUGGGAUUCAGCAGAGGAUGAGUUCUCUAUCCUUUCAUUCGUAAGCCACUUUUCCCGACUGUUCUAUCAUCCACCAUCGUCAUGUCUACCUUACUCCUCAAUCUGGAUUUUGGUGAACCUCCUCCAAAAAAGGCAUUGGAGGGGAAUGCCAAGCACCGAAAAUUUGUCAAGAAGCGGCGGCUCUUGGAAAGGAGAGGUUUUCUGAAUAAGAAGAACCAGCCCCCUGGCAAUGUGCCUAAGUUGCGCCCAGAACCUCCAAAGAAAGGGGAAACUCCUCAGAUGGAUGAUACUUUGAAAAUCCCACUCCCUCCAAAAAAGAAGACUGCUGCCUCCAGCAGUGGGUCAGAGCAGUCCCUGGACAAGAAAACUUCUGUGCCUUGGCUGACCCCUGCCCCUUCACAGAAGACUGGUUCUGUUGUGGCUAAAGUAGAUUUGCUGGGGGAGUUCCAGAGUGCCCUUCCAAAGAUUAAGAACCACCCAACUCGCCACCAGAAGAAGGAUCCCCAAAAGAACCCUCCGCAGAAGAAUACCCCACAGAACUCCACCUCAGCUCAUUCAGAGAAUAAAUGCUCUGCAGCAUCCCAGACAAUGCCAAGGAAGAUGGUGGCAAUUGACUGUGAGAUGGUGGGUACAGGACCCAAGGGGCAUGUCAGUUCCUUGGCUCGAUGUAGCAUCAUCAACUACAAUGGAGAUGUGCUCUAUGAUGAGUACAUCCUUCCCCCCUGCCACAUUGUGGACUACCGCACCAGAUGGAGUGGUAUCCGCAAGCACCACAUGGUGAAUGCUACGCCCUUCAAAAUUGCCCGGGGACAGAUCUUGAAGAUACUUACAGGGAAGAUAGUGGUGGGACAUGCCAUCCACAACGACUUCAAAGCCCUUCAGUACUUUCACCCCAAGUCUCUCACCCGUGAUACCUCCCACAUCCCCCCUCUCAACCGCAAGGCUGACUGCCCAGAGAAUGCUACCAUGUCUCUGAAGCAUCUCACCAAGAAACUCCUCAACCGGGACAUCCAGGCUGGAAAAAGUGGACAUUCCUCUGUGGAAGAUGCUCAGGCCACCAUGGAGCUGUACAAACUGGUUGAAGUCGAGUGGGAACAGCACCUGGCUCAGAAUCCCCCCAAAGAUUAGCAGCCGUGGGGGCACCCGUGAGGAGAGGAGGCAGAGGCAGAGGCAGCACCACACGCAGGAGAAACAGGGCAGUGGACCAAUGGACAGCCCUACCAGCUCAUACCUUUGGAAACCAGAAUUGUUGGGAAGAAAGAGGCUGCAUCCCAGACUUAAUAUGUAUUGAAAUCUCACCUCAGGUGUUGUGUCCUGUGUCUGCUUAAGUGUCCCAUGGAAGGAGGAAUCUCCAUGUCAGCGCCCAGCCCUAUAUGUUUACCUGUUAAAUGGUGCUAACCCACAGGUCCCAGAAUGCUGUGUUCUAGGCAAGCUUUUUGACUUUCAAGGGGCAGGGCAUGCUGGGAAGUUUAGUUUCCCAGACUGCCUUAUCACUUGGGUGGCCGUAUGUCCCAUUGUAUGCCUUUUGUUCUUGAGUAAUUAACAGCAACCUCUUUCACUUUCAGAAGUGUCCUGAUUGGAUGAUAAUUGUAUGAUCACAUUGCAUAUCAAAGUGUACAUUUAGUCUGUCAGGAUAUUGCCUACUUUUCCCAUCCUGACUGAGAGGAGCCAUCCCCGGUGAAGUUUAGUUCUUCGGGUUACAAGGCAGUAGAUGUAAGAGAGUGUGGCUUGGAAGUCAGCUUUUAUGAUUUAGCAAAGCAUUCUCUUUCUUAAAGCAAUAGAGGAUUGUUCGACUUAGAUCCCACUUGAUAGGUUAAAAAAAAAAUGUAAAGUCUUUUACUUUGCUGAAACAAGCCUCUAAAAACCCAGUCUAUUCCU